CGCGACGCUUCUGCUCGCGCCCCGGGGCGCUCCGCCGCCCUCGGUCCCACGACCUCGCAUCCAGACCCCGCGCCGCUCCCUGCCCCUGCCAGCGCCGCGUCGCUCCGGCCGUCCCCGCCGCACCGGCCGACCCCAUCGCGGCUCCCUCCCUUACCCAUAGCCUCCCCUUCUCACUUCUUUCCCAUCGGUUAGCGAGGAGGAACCCUAGCGACGGAGAUGAAAAAACCCACCCUGGAAGAGCUGUAUGCGACCUUGUCGGCGUUCCAAGUUCGUCCGGGAUACAUCGUCCCGGUCACCGCGGAUUUGCCGUGCUUGGUGUCGGGGAUUGCCUCGAUAUCUCUGGCGGAAGGGGGAUGUGGGACUUCUUCGACCUCUGUGGCCCCGAUCUUGCCGGCAAGAGGGGGUGAUGUGCCUACCUCGAGCUCUGGGGCUGGCUCGAUCUCGGUAGCCGGAGCUCGGGCUGGUUCGAGCUCAGUGGUGGCGGCAGGGUCAGGCGAGGCCCCCGCGAGGAGGAAGAGGACGCCUGGGAGAUGGAGGAGGAUCCCUCGCAUCCUACCUCAUCCUUCCCUGAGAAACAGACCCAUGACAAUGCAGGAGCUUCUCGAGGACUGCUUGGACAUGAGUGAUGAGAUUUACUGCUUCAGAGAGGAGGAUAAGCCCGCUUUCCGCGAGGCCAGGGCGAAAAUGGCCAGGUUCUAUCAGCAUAUGAUCGACGUCGAGAAGAACGGCAACAGACUCACCUUACGACCCCGCGUCCUCUUGGAUACACCUGAGCAACAUUUGACGGCAGAAGAGAUGGAGGCAGAGCUUGCUGGCAAGAAUGUUGGUCACCAAGCUCAUCGUUACGCUAAUUUAGCAAUUGACCACUACAAUACCGAGAACACUGUUAAGAUUGAGCUCUGUACUGUUCUUUUAUCAAAUUAUUUUUUUGAGAUCUGUGGGUCCACAUUCGCCCAUGUCAACUUUACUGCCAGGACUCAGGAUGAUAAUCAGGCUAAGAAAAGCCUGUAUUUUGCAGAGCUUAAAUUUAAUCCGGUUCUUCUGGAGUUGACUGAAUGUGCUGAUGAUGUGGAGACCAUGUGUGUCAGCUCUGUCCAUAAUCUUGAUCAUUCUUGUUUUGGUGGAUGUCAUGAGAUAAAUAGGAAAAUUGAUUAUGUGAUGAGUGGGAAUCAGGACUACGAGCGUUGUCACGCAUGUAGCGAUCGUAUCAAGCAUCCACAUGGGACAAAAUUUGUUGCAGGGCAUGAUAGUUCCAAGAUUCCGUAUUACACUGCAGGCUGAUGUCACAAGUAUACUAUGGGCUUUUUCAGUUCACCCCAAAAACCAAAAAUUUUUCAAAAUUUUUCGUCACAUCAAA